AUGGCGGCGGAGGGAGGAGGGAAGGAGAUGAACGAAAUUAAAACUCAGUUUACCACCCGAGAAGGCGUUUAUAAACUCCUUACCCACUCCGAAUACAGCCGACCCAACCGGGUGCCUUUCAAUUCUCAAGGGUCUAACCCCGUCAAAGUCUGCUUCGUCAACGUCAAUGACCAGUCUGGUAACGGCGACAGAAUCUGUUUCAAUGUGGGCCGGGAGCUGUACUUCUAUAUCUACAAAGGCGUCAAAAAGGCCGCUGACCUGAGCAAGCCCAUAGACAAGCGGAUAUACAAGGGAACACAGCCCACCUGUCACGACUUCAACCACCUCACUGCCACAGCGGAGAGUGUGUCUCUGCUGGUAGGGUUCUCCGCUGGCCAGGUCCAGCUCAUCGAUCCCAUCAAAAAGGAGACUAGCAAGCUCUUCAAUGAAGAAAGACUAAUUGAUAAAACACGAGUGACUUGUGUGAAAUGGGUUCCGGGCUCCGAGAGCCUGUUCCUAGUGGCGCACUCCAGCGGGAACAUGUACUUGUAUAACGUGGAGCACACGUGCGGCACCACGGCCCCACACUACCAGUUGCUGAAACAGGGCGAGAAUUACGCCGUCCACACGUGUAAGAGCAAGUCCACCCGCAACCCCCUGCUCAAGUGGAUGGUGGGAGAGGGCUCCCUUAACGAGUUCGCCUUCUCCCCGGACGGCAAGUACUUGGCCUGCGUUAGCCAGGAUGGCUUCCUGCGGGUUUUUAACUUCGAUGCAGUGGAGCUGCACGGGACCAUGAAAAGCUACUUCGGGGGGCUCCUGUGCGUGUGCUGGAGCCCCGACGGAAAGUACAUAGUCGCUGGCGGCGAAGACGACCUGGUGACCGUCUGGUCGUUCGUAGACUGCCGCGUGAUCGCGCGCGGCCACGGACACAAGUCGUGGGUGAGCGUGGUGGCGUUUGACCACUACACGACCAGCGUGGAGGAGUGCGACCCCAUGGAGUUUAGCGGGAGCGACGAGGACUUCCAGGACCAGCUCCACUUCGGACGGGACCGGGCCAACAGCACGCAGUCGCGGCUCUCCAAGCGCAACUCCACGGACAGCCGGCCCGUCAGCGUGACGUACCGGUUCGGCUCGGUGGGUCAGGACACCCAGCUCUGCCUGUGGGACCUGACGGAGGACAUCCUGUUCCCGCACCUGCCCCUGUCCCGAACCAGGACGCACACCAACGUGAUGAACGCGACCAGCCCCCCGGCCGGAGGAGGAGGUGGAGGAGGAGGUGGAGGUGGAGGAGGAGGAGGAGGGGGGAGCGGAGGAGGAGGGGGUGGCGGCACGGUCAUCACGACCGCCAACAACCCCAGCACGAACGGCAACAACAGCGGCGCCAAUACGCCCGGCAACUCUCUCCCGAUCCCCCUCCCCCGAUCCAACAGCCUCCCGCACGCGGCCGCCGCCGCCGCCAGCACCCCCAACAGCAAGGGCGGCGGCGUCAUGGACACGGCCAUCGCCUCGGGCGUCAGCAAGUUCGCCACGCUGUCGCUCCACGACCGCAAAGAACGCCAUCACGAAAAGGACCAUAAACGCAACCACAGCAUGGGCCACAUUAGCAGCAAGAGCAGCGACAAGCUGAACAUGCUCACCAAAACCAAAACGGACCCUGCCAAGACGCUGGGCACGCUGCUGUGCCCGCGCAUGGAGGACGUGCCCCUUCUCGAACCCCUCAUCUGUAAAAAGAUAGCACACGAGAGACUCACUGUGUUGAUAUUUCUAGAGGACUGUAUAGUUACCGCCUGUCAGGAGGGAUUUAUUUGCACAUGGGCAAGACCAGGCAAAGGGGGUUUAUUGUCGUCCCAAAACCAAGCCAACUCUCCCAGUGGAACUGUAGUAUAGUCACGAUAUUUCUGCUGCUAAGAACCCUCCUUCACAGAGAUGCAAAUGCGUUUAGAGCCAGCCGCCGCUCCACACCCUCAAAGCAUUGCCACUUUGAUUUCUCCUCCUCUUCUUCUUCUUCUUUUUUGUCCCUCUCUUCCUUAAAUCUUGAUUUCUUUUCUUUUUUCUUUUUUUUUGUUUGGUUGACACUCAUGGCCUGAAGCAUGGUGGACAUAGAUACAGUGCACAAACGGAAAAGGGUGCGGUGCAAUUUUGGACUGUGGCCAAUGCUUUCACAGAAUUU